CGCAAAGUCUGUCCUUUCUGCUGAGCUUCUUGUCACUAGGAAGUCUGCCUUCGCACUAAAGAUGAGCUUCUUGUCACGAGGAAGUCUGCCUUCACACUGAAGAUGAGCUUCUUGUCACUAGGAAGUCUGCCUUCACACUAAAGAUGAGCUUCUUGUCACUAGGAAGUCUGCCUUCACACUAAAGAUGAGCUUCUUGUCACUAGGAAGUCUGCCUUCACACUAAAGAUGGCGUGUGUUUCCUCACAAUCACAUUAGGGAAGUUUCUUUAAAAUGGUGGCAGCUCGUUCACUUUAAAGAGCCGAGUCGUUCGCGAACGACCCAUCACUCGUCAGCUGACAAGAGGCGGUCAUGUGACCUGCCGUCAUGUGACCUUCCGUCAUGUGACCUGCCGUCAUGUGACCUGGCUUCACAACAAAGAUGGCGGCCGUGCUGAGCUUGUGCGGAGCUCUAAUCUUUUUUCUUCCUUCGAUCACGUGGAGCAGGAAGGUGUCAGUCCAGUUGAAUCCAGGUGCGCUGGCUCCGCCCCCUGGUGGAGAUGUGGUGCACGUGAGAGCUCAGGGAGACAACGACACACUUCACUUCCUCUUCUGCAGCCAGGGGGCGCCAACACUGCUGAUGGUGCACACCAACCUGUCUACUUCUACUCUAUCGGUGGAGUGGUCAGUGUUCCUGAGUGCCAACAGUAGUGGGAGUGUGAAGGUGGAACCUGGCAGCAACAUCUUGUACAGCAGGGCCAUCGUCUUCACUAGAUUGUUAGAAUACAACGACGUGAACAACACAGCACAAGUGACCUCUGACCUUUACCCGCCCUAUGACCUCCACAACAUCAGCUGGUCUCAUGUCAAACUGUCUGGGACCUCCGUGCUCUUGUGUGGUCCUCUGGUGCUAGGACUGCUCUGUCUAAAGCUGUGUGCGUUCGAGUCGGAGGGGCGUGCGGAGACUUGGCCCCGCCUACUUCACACAGCUGACUCCUCCCAGAUGGAGGUGUGGCUUGACGGCCUGCAUCCGAGGGCGGAGCGAUCGCGCUUCUUCCUGGAGCUGCAGGCAGUGGGCGGAGCCUACCCCCUGGACAGCGUGGCGGUGCGUCGCUCCAUCGACGACGAGUUCACGCCCUCCAUCUUCCAGGUGUCUCACUGGACAUCGGCGACGGAGGACGGCUCCCGGGGGCGGGGCUUCGUCCUGUGGAAGCCGGUGGCGUAUCGCCGCUCCCCGCCCACGCUGGAGGACGCCACGCCGUGUCGCCACUCAGACCCGCGCCCCACCGACGGCCAAGAGGUGGCGGCGGCGUCCAGGCUGGUGAGAGCCUUCUUCUCUCAGGAGGUCGCCUACGGGCUCAACGUGACCUUUGGCCUGGCGGGAGGACCCUUCUACAACAGCAGCAGGUUCCUCACAUGGACCCUGCUGGCGGGCGUGGGCCUCCCCCCCGCAGACACCUUCUCCCCUCUGCUGCUCGCCAUCAUGGCCGCAGGGCUGGGCGUGCCACUCCUCAUCCUGUUGAUGGGCGGAGUUUAUGUCUGCACGCGUGCUCCAUCUGCUUCCUCUGUCAGCAGCUAUCAGCCAAUCAACUGACCUCACCACGCCCCCUUUAUCAGCCAAUCACCUGACCUCACCACGCCCCCUUUAUCAGCCAAUCAGGACAGAGAUGGACUCAGGUGAAGAAAUGUACAAUCAAUAGUUAGGGAUCAAUAACCUGUGGAUCGUUAGUUAAUGGAUCAAUAACAAGUGGAUCAUUUGUUAAUGGAUCAAUAGCUAAGGAUCAUUAGUUAAUAGAUCAUUAACUCGUGGGUCAUUCAUUAAUAGAUCAAUAACUAGUGGAUCAUUAGUUAAUAGAUCAGUAACUAGUGGAUCAUUAGUUAAUAGAUCAAUAACUAGUGGAUCAUUAGUUAAUAGAUCAAUAACAAGUGCAGUUCCUUCACCUUCUAAAGACGAUGGGAAACAUUUGAUAUUUAUUAGAUUUCAAGCUGGAAACAUUUUGAUUUUGUUGCCAUUUUUUUCUGAAUAAAGUUUUCAAAGUGUCAAUUUAACAAGCUGAUGCUGCAUUCAAAGACACUGGGACGUUGCAGUGCUGUCAACGGUUUUUAUAACUUUUCAUGAGCAUCAACUUGAAGAAGCUAUUUUGCCUUUUGGUUGGGGACCCUUUGGGACUGUGUGACAAGGACUUGACUUUGGGACUGUGUGACAAGGACUUGACUUUGGGACUGUGUGACAAGGACUUGACUUUGGGACUGUGUGACAAGGACUGGCACUUUAGUGACUUCUCUUGUGCUUUUUGUCAACUUCUGGAUCUGCCUUCCGGGAACCUUUUGGCCAGAGACCAGCUGCUGGCCACACCAGAGUCCCUUUGGAGAGACUGGAGGAGAUGUGGAUGAAGAGACAGGACUAAGGCUGCAGCUAAGGAUUAUUUUUCUAUCGAUUAAUCUAUAGAUUAUUUUUUAUUAUUUUUCGAUUAAUCGACUAAUCUAUA